AUGUCACAUAAAUUUUUAAAUUUCAUUUUAAUAAUAAUUUUACGAACGAUUGAGCUAUAUAAAAUGAGCGAUCAGCACAAUAAAAACAAUGUACAUAUUACUUCCCUCAGAGCCCUUACUCUUGCUGGAGACAAGGAAAAAAUAUUAAAAGCUUUGAUAGCUAAUUACGCAUUCUACAAGCGUAAGGACAAAAGAAAGCUUUUGCUAUCCACUCAUCAUAGCCACUCGAGGUCUCAGAAAAAAAGAAAAUCAGCUAUUGUAAAAUCGAAUUCUAGCCCGAUAUUGGGUUUCAACACCGAGUGUGUAAGAAGAGAAAGCCUAGAAAGCUUAAUUCAACCAUUAUCAGUUAAAAAGGAAAAUUUCAUAUUUUUUUUAAAAAUAAUACUUUAUAUUUGUUAUAUAAAAAGAGCUAGGUACUUAUUUUCGCUUCGAAGUGUCUGAUGAGAACUGAAAGUCCAAAAACAAUAUUUGUACCAUUUAUUUAGAUACCAAAGAACAAUAUAAAAUUAUCCACACCAAUUUUAUAAAUCUCUUUGAUCGACAUUUUUCAGACGGCGGAGCCAGAAUGCACAAUGGGAAGAAAGAAAUCCAUAUAUUUAAUAUUAUACAGCACAUCCUAGAUUGUUAUAUAACUUCAAUGAGUUCCUACAUCCUUGCCACAGGCCCUCUUAAAGGCAGGUCAUGGAUUGAUAUGGAUCUCUAUGCUAAUUGUAUAGAAGGCUUCCAAAAGUUUAUCACAGAUAAAAAAUACGAAUUGGCGAAUAAUCCCCAGUUCAGGACAAAUUUCACGUUUCAGUUGUUGUGCUGUAAUUAUUAUUUACUCCCCCCCCCCUCGAAGUUCGACCAAGAUUUUUUUGGUCGAACUUCGAGGGGGGUUAAGAAAAAUUUUUUUAAACAAAAUUAUAUAGAAUUUUUUUUAUAUAAUUUAGUAGUUAAAAAAAAAAUAUUUAUCAUAUUCUUCUGUAUGGUUGAGAGGGUGUAAGGGUUAUAAAAAAAUGGUGCAAGAUGGUUUUGUAACGCUUUUUUAGAAAAUCACAAGCUCACCCCACAUAGUUUAAAAUUUUUGAAAAAUUGCUUAUUUUCCUAGUAAAUUUAUAUAGGUCUUGGUCGAACUUUGAGGGGUUAAUUUCCAAAAAAUAGGAAUUUUCCCUAUAUCUUGGUCGAACUUCGAGGGGGGGGAGUUAGUCUUUUUUGAAUACUUAAGCAUCAAAAAAGGAAGAUUAAAUAGAAAUGAGUUGAAGAUUGCAAUUGAAAUGGCUCUGAAAAACCGAAGGGAAGGCCAAAAUAAUUUGGAAAAUUUAGCCCUUCUAGCUUUUAAGAAGGUUGAGAUUUUAGAAGGAAAAACGAAAGAAGAAAUAAAUUUGCAAGAAUUUGUAACUGCACUGCAAAAUUAA